UCCACCUGCAUGCCUCCAGCCGGCUCACAAGGUGUGUGCUUAAGUUUCCUGAGCACGUUCGGAGCUCAAGAUCAUGCCCAGUCUGUGCAUCAGCAGGACGCAGAGCUGCAGGAGCAAGGUUGUCAUCUGAAGUGGAGGAUGGAGGGUGGGAACAGCCCCAGCGACGCUGUCUCUGCAGGCAGGAGGCUUGCAGCACGAUUCACAAACCCUCCCAGGACAUUCUGGAUCAUCUUGUCCAUCACAUUGCUUUUUGCAGCUGUUGGCAUCAGCGUUGGGGGGAUUCUUGGCUUCUCCCACAGCUCUGCCCAGGCUGGACCACAGCUCAGUCGGAUCACGCUGCACGGGGAGCAGGACGUGCCGAGGAACCAAACAGCCACGGUUGAUGUGUCCAGGAGCACUGUCACCUAUUACAUCACCUCACGGAGUAACCGCAGUGCCAUUGUGCUGUACGACAGCCAGCAUGGCUACGUGUGCUACAGACCUGCAGAGCAGCAUGCCUGCUACCUGCGCACAAUGGACCCUGAGGACCGUGAAACCGCACAGGUGAUGCUGAGCGCAACUGAGCAGAGGGGUGACAAACUGCUACUCCGGAAUAACCAGACCAAGUACUACAGGGAGUUCCUGGGCAUUGUGGCAGGGAAACAAGUGGACCCCAAUGGCCUGGGUGAGGCCAUCCAAGCUCUCUGUGAGCAGACGUCCAUCUUCUGGGUGCAGAGAGCAGAUGGUCCAGGGAAGCAGCGGUUGAUCUACCUUUGCAUUGACAUAUGUUUUCCAAGCAAUAUUUGUGUGUCUAUCUGCUUCUAUUACCUUCCUGAUUAAGCCCUGCAGCCACAGAUGCCCUCUCACUGCUCUACAUACUUGAACUGUAU